AUGGUUGUCCCAGCCUCAAUGAUCGUGGACGACACUGCGUCUCCACCUCCACGCAAAAGACUUCGGCAAGAGGAAUCGACCAAGCCAGCCGCAAAGACAUCGAGAGAACCCCGGCUUUUUGUGCCAUUCAGAGCUCUUGGAUUGAUCACAAACCAUAUCCCUUUCGUCCUGCAAACGCGAUCUCAUAAAGGUGCUACAGAUGGACCUAGAAUUCACCUUUUGACAUGCCUUGGAAAGUCAUGGGCACUAUGGGAAGGAGGAAAGAUGGGUCUGCUUUUUGUCGGACCUGAUGCACCAGAAUACAUAUCAUGUAUGGCCAUGGAUGGUGACGCCGUGUGGGUAGCGUCUGGACCAUACGCGAUCAAAUAUAUUCGAGGAAAAGAGGUUUCUCGAGUAACGAAUCCUCUCGGGACUCAUCUCUCGUUCAUUACCGUGUUCGGAUCCCAAUUGCUUGCUCUUACCGAGAAUGGCGAUCGUAUGCUUAUCUGGAGUACCUCUGACGAAGAACUGGAAUCGAUGGUCUCAUUUGACCCAACAUUUUCAGCUACCUUCAUUCUACAUCCGGCAACAUACCUCAACAAAGUUGUCGUGGCUAGCAGCCAGGGUGGAAUGCAGCUAUGGAAUACCCGAACGAACACAUGCAUUCACCAAUUCAGCGCCGCUCGACUACUCUCAUCUCCCGACCUUGUUGCCUCUGGAUCAACUGACCGAGGCAACGCAAUAACCGCACUCGUGCAAUCCCCCGCUAUCGAUGUUGUUGGCAUCGGAUAUACCUCUGGAGAGAUUUCAGUAUAUGAUAUUCGAGCAGAUGAGCGACUCAUGCGCAUGUACAUGGAAGGUGGGGGAGUGAAAGCACUCGGAUUCCGAACAGAUGGACAUCCAGUGUUGGCCUCAGCUUCUUCAGCCGGGCACAUCGCGUUAUGGGAUCUCAAUGAAGGCGGUCGUCUUCUCCACAUGGUUCGAGGAGCACACGAUGCUGCCAUUACCGCAUUAGAGUGGGUUCCUGGACAGCCUGUUUUGAUCACCUCGAGUGAGGAUAACAGCGUCAAGCAAUGGUUAUUCGAUUCACCGACUUCACCUCCCAGACUCCUCAAAUACCGCUCCGGACACCAGACACCACCGCAUCUCAUCCGCUACUAUGCAGACGAUGGCAAGCAGCUUUUAACUGCUUCCAGAGACCGCAGCUUGCGCUGCACAUCCGUCGUCCGUGACUCACGAUCCUUUGAAUUAUCUCAAGGAUCCCUUCUAAAAAAGGCCACUUCGCUGUCGAUACCUCUUGCAUCCCUUAAAUUCCCUCCCAUUACUUCUCUAUCAUAUUCGUCAACUCGAUCGAAGGAUUGGGAUGACAUUAUUACCGCCCAUGCUGAUGAGACGUUCGCUCGCACAUGGACAAUGCAGGGCAAACGCCUAGGGAAAUAUAGCCUCGGGUUCGUCGACGACCCGAAAGCCAAAGGCAAGGAACGAGGCGUCGUAGGUGCCGCCAAGGCGGUAUGCGUAACAGCGUGCGGAAACUUUGGACUUGCGGGGUCGUCGACAGGCCAGAUCCAAAUGUGGAACCUGCAAUCAGGCAUCAAACGAAAAUCGUACGCUCUGGGCCCCUGCCCCGCUGAAGUCGCUGCCCGUUUCUAUUCCGGUGCUGCCAAAAGCAGCGAGCGCACAGUGACAGGCCUAGCAACCGACUCCCUGAAUAGAUCCGUCAUCGCCAGCACGCUCGACGGUACCGUCAACUUCUUCGAUUUCCAGACGACACAGUUGGAGUACACGCUCGUGUUACCAUCGACGGCGGUAUCGAUAUUACUGCAGCGCGACAGCGGGCUGCUCGCCGUAAUAUGCGACGACAUGACCGUGCGCAUUAUCGACAUAGAGACACGGCGCAUAGUCAGAGAACUCUCUGGCUUCCAUGGGCGAAUCCUCGACAUCGCAAGUCCCCUUUCGCUCCUCACUUCUCGCCGGACUUUUUCGCCCGACUCACGAUGGCUCGUCGCGUCCUCGCUCGACGCGGUAAUCCGCACGUUCGACGUGCCGACCGGCCGUCUCAUCGACGCGUUCCGCACGGCGAGCGUCGCGACCAGCAUCUCGUUUUCACCUACAAAUGACUUCCUCGCCACUGCCCACGUCGACAGCGUCGGCGUGUUCUUGUGGGCCAACCGCGCGCAAUAUGCUGAGGUGUCGUUCCAGAGCAUAAGCGACAACGAGAUCUUUGACGUUGCACUCCCCUCCGUGCAGGGUGUCGCAGAAGAUGAAGCCCUGGAAGCUUUGACUGCGCUCAAAAUGGCCGACGCACCGCAAGACGUGUUCUCGACGCCGCCACAGCUCGACGGGGAGCUUAUCACGCUCACACUCCUCCCGCGCGCGCGCUGGCAGACAUUGCUCAACCUUGAGGUCAUUCAGCAACGCAACAAGCCGAAAGAGCCGCCGAAAGCGCCUGAGCACGCGCCGUUCUUCCUGCCUACGCUGCCUGGCGUCGAGGCGCGCUUCGCGGCUCCGACAGACGCUGCCAAGGCACAAGAACAGGAGAAGAAGAAGGAGAAAAAGUCGACGAGGAGGAUCGACCAGCUGAUGGCGUCUGGAAAUGAAAGUGUGUUUUACCAGAAACUCGCGGCGGAGGAUACUCAUGGAGAUUAUGAGACGUUCUUCAGCUACGCGAAACAUCUCUCGCCCGCCGCACUCGACCUCGAACUGCGCACGCUCCCUUCGUCUUCGUCGAUCCACCCGCUCGCAGCACUUGCGCUCCUCCUACACGCGCUCGCACAGCGGCUGCGCGCGCACCGCGACUUUGAGGCAGUACAGGCGAUGCAAGCCGUUGUGCUGCGCGCACACGGGGAUGUGCUCAUCGCCACCGCUGCUGAGGCUGAGGCGGGCGCCGGCGCGGGUGUAGGGCAGAUGGAAGCGGAUGCGGAGACAGCGCCGGAAAGGGCGGUGCUGGACAAGUUGCGCGAGUUGGAGGAGGUGCAGAGGGUGGAGAGUAAGCGCGUGCUGGAGCUUAUUGCGAGUUCGUUGGGUACGCUUGGGUUUGUGAGGGAUACGUUGUGA